GAAAACUAACCAUGUGUUGACAGUCGGAGUCACCAGUUGAUGUAAUAGAUAAGUUGCCAGGCAUACCCUUAAGCUGUGUUGAUUCGCUUAGUCUUGAAACAACUACGACCAGUGCGAAGAAGACAGGGAUGAGCUAACGCAUCAUCAAAGUCUAGAGUACAAAAGUUACAAUGGCUACCAUAAUUACAUUAAUGGUAGCAGUCGCUGUGCUAUCAGUGACAUAUGGUAGUAAAGGACCUGGCCUAUGUCAUCCUCCAUCAAAAUGGACUGUGGAAAAUGGUCUGAAUCCGAUGGAGUUAACCCGUGGAAAUGUGACCCUUGUCGCUUUGUUAAAAGCAUCGUGACCUUUGUGUCUGCGGCAGGCUCUCAUGCUUGAGGGCAUGCUGCAGUAUUUUCGAGCACUUGGAAUGGAUGAUCUGUCAUUCCUCGUGGUUAACUCGAAAGAUUUUAUGUCGCAACUGAUGCGACCUCAUUUAAAAAGAAGAGUAACGUUCCCGGUGUAUCAGGAAACGUCGAAUGAAGAAGUGUGGAGCGUUCUUAACGGAGGCAAAGACGAUAUGUUUGUUUACGACAGGUGUGGUGUUCUCAGUUACUACAUACCCUUUCCCCAGAGUGUCAUAACACGAAAUAAUCCUAUUAUAGCCGCUGCUAUUUUCUCCACUUAUUUUGGCCAUCCAUGUAAUAUUACCUGCGGAAAUGUUAUGGAAGACUCGGUAAAUUACACUACUACCACUGCUGAAAACGGGGACACGGUAAAUGACACUGCUACCACUGCUGAAAACGGAACUGACAUCACCGAAGUUAUCACUAUGACAACUGAAGUCGAAGCAAACUAUACCAUUACUAAAACUACUUCAGAUUAUUGGGAACUUGAUAAUGGUACAACAACCGAAGUUUCAGAUUUCUCUUGGGAAAUUACCAGUUCUGAAAAUGAUACCGAAAUUCCUUUAAAUCAAGACACUACAACAAACUGGUUAAUAGACAAUAAUUCUACGAAUAACUAUGAAUUUAAUACGACAGAAGAGGAAAAGUAUGAAAACGUGACUUACAUCUAUGUGCAUCCGUUAGACGGAAAGACCCAUGUUUUGUAUCCCCAAACAACAACGCCACCUAGCAGCAAGAAAUCAGAAGUAGAAUUGAUGUUCGAAACUUUAUUUAACUUUUUCUCUCGAUCAAGAAAUGACAAUGAAAAUAAAGAAGUUAAAGAUACUGAUCAUAGUGCAGAAAGUUCCUCGGAGGAAGAGUUCCAAGAUGAUAAAAAUCAGCACCAUGUAUGUGACAAAGUCCAAUGCAAAGAGUGGACAAAAAAACAACUCCAACUCGCCUCCAAGUGCUGUAAGAGGUUCAUUCUCGACGAACCAGAGCUGUAUUACAAAGAAUGUCGUCACUUUGGAAAAAAGCAAUGUAAGAAAGCUCAAGUCGUCUUGAAAUGCUGUCCUUUCAAGGAAUUGGAAAAGCCCAGCUUUGAAAACAGUUCGAAUGACGACAUUGAAUCUUUCGAAACUAAGAAGUCAUCCUCCAAAUAUUCGUGUGAAAAGUCAGAUCCAAGUUGUCGUCCGCAUAUGACAAAAAUGCAUAAGAUGUUAAAAACAUCUAAUAAGCUUAAAAAAUGAGCCUGACAACAAUAGUUCUUAUCCCUAUCCAUUUGAAUGAACAAACUCAUGUUCUAUAAUAUUGAAUAAAGUUUUAAUCAUAACCGUUACGAUUACCACAGCAAAAAAUUCCGUUACACAAAAUACAAACCAAAACAAUAUCUUUCUUUUCAGCAAUAGUUCUUUAUUUUAAACGUAUAUCUGCACAAUUAGUCAUUGGCGCUGCGCCCAUAGCAGGAAUAUACCUCCGAGUUUUACUGUUAUAAGCCCCACCCAGCUCACUGUUGAGUCAUUGAAGGGCUUCAGCAAUAGUAUAUGGAGCGUGAUAAAUCGUUUUGAAAAAUAUUAAUAUGACUGCUGUAAAUAUCAAUUAGCCACUGCAAAUGUUUCCGAGUUUCGUAAUUACUUAUAUAAUUCACUUGUUUUCUGAUAUUCUGAGACCGAAAGCAUAUGAAUUUACUAGCAUUAAAAUAAUGACCUUACGGACACUUUUCUUCGGAAUAACUGUUUAUAGAUUGUCGACAUUAGUUCUAUUAUUCGUCUGUUUGAGCAAUCUAAACAUUCCUAGAACAACAUAUUUAAACAGCCGGAUUUCACUUCAAGAAUCCUUGAAUUCAGUAAGGUAAAAUUAAUUAUGACAAUUUUCUACUGUUGUGUGAGAAGUGGUAUGCCCUCGCAAUUGCAGGAGGAGGGGUAAAAGGGGGCCCGAAUAAGAGAAUAAAUGUAGGAGGCCCAAUUACUUUUUAUGCAGGGGGGGUCCAUCUUUUCUAGUUACGCCACUGUGUGUGGGCCUAACUUUCUGUGAUUGAACAUUUUUACGAAUGAAACUCAUGUUAUUUAAUGAAAAUUAAAUCUAGCUCAGAAUAAGAAAAUUUACAACCCCAACAUAUCAUUUUUUUCUGAUUUAAGAUAGAUUUGAAAUAUCUUUUAUUUGAUGGAAGUGAGAAGUGCUUUCAAACAAUAUACACAUCGAACAUACCAUGAGCUCAUAAUGCAGUCGUUUUUUUUUAACUAGAACAGUGAAACUUUGCUAAUCUUCUGCUUAAGAAUCAGUUCAGGUUUUGAUACUAACUAGCAACCUUCGAAAGUAUGUACAAAAUCUCUAAAAUAUCUGUCUAAUUGUUUAAUUCCUGAAAUAAAUGUUUAAAAUGAUGGUACAAAAAUCUCUAAAAUAUCUGUUUAAUUGUUUAACUUCUGUUAAAAUACAUUAAAAACUUGUUUAUCUUAGGGAUAAACGCAAGUCCAAGAAAUUACUCUUAAGUUAAAGAAAAAAAAAAUUCUGAUGCUUCUUCCAAAGUGUUUAUGAUGACGUCAGGUAAAUCCUGCCAAGGACCCUGACGAAUGAUGUUUCCCCUUGGAAGAAUACAUAAUUAUAGAACAUGAGGAAGUAAAACCUUACAAAUUGUUGACUAUCUUUAGAUCCUACUUUCUUAUAGUUAUAGGGUUACUGUUUGUGUCGAUAUUGUUUUGUGGUACACUUCCCAAUUUCUAAUGGGUUGUUCUAAAUAGUUUUGUUUAUUCCUAUAAAGAAAACACAAUCAUUUUUUUUAUCUUAUUAUAAGAUUGCAAACGUUAUUUUAUUAUUUUUCAAGUUCAAAUUAAUUUACUAAUAAUUAUCUUUUUCCAGUUCUAAGCAUGUACAAUAUAAGCAUGGUUAUUUCAACAAACCUAACAAACUUAACAAAAUAUCUACUUAUUUCAAUCAAUCUCAAGAAAUAUUUGUUUAUUUCAACCGAAAACAACAAACAUUUGGCUAAUAAGUAUAAUUCGAGAAAUGUCAUGGUGAAGUCCCUUUCAAAGAUCACGUGCUCAUGAUGAUAUUGGAGGAAAUUUGAUCUCUCCAGUUAUUUGAUUUGCUUGUAGAACCACGUGACUUUUGAAAUAUGUUUCAUAACAUUUCAAGUAUUUACACUAAAUCAAAACAAAAUCUUGUACGAUUAUUUUCUUAGCUGAAAAUUAUGUACAAUUUAUAGUACUAAAACUCCAUUCGGUCGAUAUCAGAUUUCUUAAAUUAUUCAGGUAUAUAAUGGUAAAUAUUACAUUAGCUAGAUAAAGUAGCUAUGAAAAAAAAAAGUGUGAAAAUUUUUCAUUUUUGUUUAUUUGUUUGUUUUCUUUCAGCUUUUUAUUGUACUAAAAUUAUAGAUUAUAUUUCGAAAUAUUUCAGUUUGUUGUGAUUUCAUAGUUUAUGUAAGUACAAACUGGAAAGUAAUUUUCGUUAGAAAUAACUUGGCACAACUAAACUGUUUUUCUCUCACUUAUUACAUAAUAUUCUUGUGUAUCUUCAGUUUCUUAUUAAACAAUAAAAAAAUAAAAAAUCA